UGAUUGGUUUUGUCUGACGUGUCUGUCGUACGUCAUUCACAGCCGGCUUCAUUCAAGGAAGCAUGGCGGCUGGUAAACCUCCUUCAAGAUAGCGGAUGAAUAAUGAAAUCGUAUAAUGGCUGUUCUCAAUUUACCUGCACGUUUCGUAUUAUUUCGUUCAAAUUUUAAGGAUGUCCAUUGGGUCACGAAGCGCGUGCAUUGUCGAUACUACAACAGCGACGCAACCUUGGAUCAUGUCAGCCGUGGUCUCGAGCGGUACAAGGACUUACAAACGUAUUUCAAGAGACACCUGAAAGCAACUUACAGCAGGUUCAGAAACGUAGCUGACCACUCAGCGGUGUGCGGACGUCGCCAUGUUUAUUUUAUGGAAGGAAACAGUAUCUUCAGAAUGGAGAACAGAAAAAGCGAGUCGGAACCGGAGCAGGUUCUUGACCUGGGAUGCGUCACUGCAGGUGCGGAGACACAAGAGUGGAGUGUGCAGAGAAUACGACUUUCCCCUCAGGAGAAGCAUCUUGCCGCCACAUUGAAGACUCACAACGCAGAAACAAUCAGGUGCGUGGUUGCGAAGCUUGGCCAAAGAAGCGUACUCACGUUGGACAAUGUCUUCACCUUUGAGUGGGCCACAGAUGAGGUGUUGUUUUACACCACCCAGGAAAAUGUGAAGUGCCAAACAGUGUAUCGUCUGGACCUGACCCAAAACGGCCACACGAUACAUCCCGUGUAUGAGGAAUCAGAACCGGAUGUGUUUGUGGAGGUGUCCCUCUCCAGAGACCGCAACACCCUGAGCAUCACCUGCAGCAGUAGGAACAGCUCCGAGGUGCUGCUUGUGGACGUCUCGGACCCACGCCUGGAACCCACCCUGGUUCAGGCGCGCCAGCCGGAACUGUUGUACCACGUGGAACACUGGAGGCGGAACUUGAUCAUACUCGCCAACACGGGGCCUGGGCAGGAAUAUCAGGUGAUAAAGGCCCCCCUCUCUGAGCCCUCCAUGGUGUCCUGGAGCCCCGUAUUCACGCCUUCUCUCGGCACUGUGCUCAAAGACAUGGAUGUGGUUGGGGACCACUGCGUGCUGGUUGCCAUGACGACAACCGAGUUUGAGCUUGAGCUGAUCAUCGUCCCUCUCUUCCAACCGAGGGAAGCGUAUACGCUGCAGCUCCCCUCCUGGGCAUGCGUCAUUGAAUCCGAGCGUCCCGGCCUUGCGGACCAACGCGGCACAUUGGAGUUCCUGCUAUCCUCUCCAGUCCGCCCCCAGGUUUCCUACCGUCUUUAUCCCGAGGAAGGCCUCCUUUCAUCGGGCACGGGCGACGGGCCCACCGCCUUUCGGAAGAACCAGGAGAAUUAUAUUACAGCGCGCCUGAAGGCCUGCAGCCAGGACGGCACCACAGUCCCAGUGACGCUCUUUUACGGAAUGAAGUUGAUGAAAAACACGCCUCUGCUGGUGCACGUCUACGGAGCUUACGGCCAGGACGUCAACAUGCAGUUCUGCCCCAAGAAAAGGUUUCUGCUGGAACAGGGCUGGGCUUUGGCCUACUGCCAUAUAAGAGGGGGAGGAGAGCGGGGGCUGGCGUGGCACAGACAAGCUCGCAUCGAGGGGAAGCACAGAGGAGUGGAGGACCUUCAAGCCUGCCUCAGUCACCUCUUCUCCUCGGGGGUCUACAGCCCUUCGCGGACCGUCCUCACAGCCUGCAGCGCGGGAGCCGUGCCAGUGGGGGCGCUGUGCAACAGACGGCCUGACAUGAUGCGGGCAGUCGUGCUGCAGAGUCCAUUCCUUGAUGUGCUGGGAACAAUGGAAGACCCCGAACUGCCUCUCACACUGGAGGAUAGGGAAGAGUGGGGCGACCCUGUGGGGAACCCAGAGCACAGGCUCACCAUCUCCUCCUAUUGCCCAGUUUGCAACAUUACUCCUCAGCGCUACCCGUCAAUGCUCCUGUCGGCCUACACCGACGACGACAGGACGCCUCUAGCCGGUGUCCUGAAGUAUGCUGAGAAGCUGAAGGAAGCAGCGCAAAUUCACUUCAACACAGCAGCCACAUCAGACCCUGAACCAAACAUAGUUGUGAGUAUACAACCUGGAGCAAAUCACAUUGGAUCAGAUGACUGGGAGUCCAUGCUGGAGGAGGAAGCCCUCCAGCUAGCAUUUCUCUACAAAGAGAUGGACCUGGAACCUCCUCGCACUUCAUGGAGGAGGAAGCGGAAGUGAAAAAGUUGUGUGGAUUCCAGCAGAAGACAGGACAACAAGGGAUGUGAAUGCAAUG